GUUGGGGCCCCUGGGAGUGCAGGGGUGGCCCUUGAAGGCUCGGGGUUGGGGCCCCUGGGAGUGCAGGGGGGGCCCUUGAAGGCUCGGGGCUGGGACCCCUGGGGGUGCCGAGGGGUCCCGUGACAGCUCUGCGGGUAGUCCAGCGGGGGCCCUAGAAGUAGAGCCAUGGCCACCCGGCGUUUAACAGACGCGUUCUUGUUGUUGCGGAACAACGCGAUCCAAAACCGGCAACUGCUGGCCGAGCAAGUGAGUAGUUACAGCUCCUCCAGCCCUCUGAAUUCACGUAGCAUGGCUGCUGCGCUUGCUGAUGAUCGCAUGGCACUAGUAUCAGGGAUCAGUUUAGAUCCCGAAGCAGCAGUUUGUGUAACAAAGCGGCUACCUCCCAAAUGGGUUGAUGGAGUGGGAGAAAUUCAGGAUGAUAUCAGCAGGAUUAAACAGAAAAUGAAAGAAUUAGCCAGUCUUCACGACAAAUAUUUAAACAGGCCUACUUUGGAUGAUAGCAGCGAAGAAGAACAUGCAAUAGAAAUUACUACCCAAGAGAUCACACAGCUAUUUCACAGAUGCCAGAGAGCAGUCCAGGCCUUGCAGAGCAGGUCACGUAAUUGUACAGAACAAGAAGAACGGGUUCUCAGAAACAUAGUGUCUUCCUUAGCACAGGCCCUUCAGGACCUAUCCACCAACUUUAGGCAUGCACAGUCUGACUAUCUCAAACGCAUGAAGAAUCGAGAAGAAAGAUCCAAGCAUUUCUUUGAUACAUCAGUCCCGCUUAUGGAUGAUGGAGAGGACAGUACUCUUUAUGAUAGGGGUUUUACAGAUGACCAGUUAGUAUUGGUGGAACAAAACACAUUAAUGGUGGAAGAGCGGGAACGAGAAAUCCGCCAGAUUGUACAAUCAAUCUCUGAUCUCAAUGAAAUAUUUAGGGACCUUGGAGCAAUGAUAGUGGAACAGGGUACAGUUCUGGACAGAAUUGACUACAAUGUUGAGCAGUCGUGUAUAAAAACCGAAGAGGGAUUGAAACAGUUACAUAAGGCUGAGCAAUAUCAGAAGAAGAAUCGGAAGAUGCUUGUCAUUUUAAUUUUAUUUGUAAUAGUAAUUGUACUUAUUGUUGUUCUUGUUGGUGUAAAGUCACACUAGGUAACGGUUCUAUGAUUUUCUUAUUUUUGUGUGUAUGUAAUUAUUUUUCCUAAUCUGAAUGGAUGGACCUGCACUCCUGAAAGUUGCCUUUGAAUGUAUAAGCCCUAGUGGUACAAAUUCUGUGCAAUGUUUCAGUAGAAUUCUUUUCAUAACACAUGCUUCGGUGAUACCAGAGGUGUUUGUAAAACUUGUACAGAAAAUGUCAGGACACUUGAUAAUGCUACCAAAUUGGUCAUCCAGUUCUUUAUCCAAACAUAUUUGGAAUAUUGUGCAGUAUUUAAAAAAAAGAUGGAAAAUAAGAGUAGAUGUUUACAAGAAAGUACGAUAAUUAGUAUUUCACUGUGUGCAAAAAAGUGUGCCGUUCUUUGUAGUCUUAUGUUGCAAUUUUGUAAACUAUAAAGGUUUUUAUGGGACUAUGAUUUGGAGGUUAAAUGCCUUAAAAGAUGCACAAAAUUCUAACUGUUUGAUUUCACCUACUUUUCUCCAAACUUUUAAAAAAUAUAUUUGGAGUGACCAUUAAAAAAGAAACCUCUUAAAACAGAGCAUAAUUCAACCCCUGUGAUCUUAAUUUACAUUUUGCAUCAUUAGUAAUUAUCAAAGUAGUACUUAAAAGUGUAAAUAACAAGACUUAAUCACUGGUAUAAUUUAACACAUUUAGUUUAAUUAAAAUAGCUUCCUAAUCCUAAGUAAUCAUAGGGAUAAUUUUUCCUCAUCAAAAAGAUCAUGCAUGAUAUUUUCUAUUGCAAAUUUCUUGGUUAUAUAUUAAAUACAGCCAGCUACAUUACAAUCAUUUUAAUGGUUUGCGCUAAACCUGCAAUAGAAAGGAAAUUCUCCUUUUAGCCCCCUGUAUCCUUCAUCUUUUUCCCUCCAUUAGGUGUCCCACAACAGUGGAUGGUAGACUGUCUUCACGUACAAGUAGUUCCAAAUAUUUACAGUACAUCUGUCCAUACACUCAUCCUAAAUAAGUAUUUCAAUAUGGGUACAAUAUAUAUUGCAGUCUUUAUCAGGGGACAAGUUUAAAAUGCAGUGUUGACCAUGACUAAAAUGAUGUACUAGUAUGGGCAUGCAUCAGAUCUUUGGUGCCAAAUGUCUGGCUUGCAGUGAUUCUGCAGCAAUACAAUUUGCUGUAGGUCAGGGGAGAGAGAAAGAGAAGAGAAAUCUUGAGCAGUGUGAUAUUAAUGGUUUAAUAUGGUCCAAAGUGUUGCACAAUUAUAGGGGCAUUGCCUUAAUACUUUUAACAAGGCUUUUCUGUAUUGAAUACUUGGUUUCUCUAAGAGGCUAUAGCUUGUACUAAUGGCACUUUGGUUCUGAUUUGUACAAUGAUCUGCGUACACUUGCAGUGAUGUUGUGCCCAAAGCCACUGAAGCUCAGGUACACAAUAUAAUGAUUCUAAAAGUGUACAUGGGGGAUUGGGAUCCUCUGUCCAUAGCAGUGCAGACUCUUGCCUGCUUUCUUCCUGUAAUGGGCCAUGUAUGCCAUCCACCAACCCCUACUUCCCUAGUAAUGAUGGUAUACAUGGGUCUUCCUUGGCAUACUUAGACAUAAUAUUAAGAUAUGGCCCUUUAAAAAGUAUUUCUAGCUAUCUAGCUAUUGAUUUUCCUUUGUCUGACUAGACCUUCAGUCAUUAGGGUGCUUAGGGUAUCUGUUUACUUGCAGGAAUACUUCAGUGUCAGUUCCAAGUCUCUAGGUGUCAUGUAUGGCAAAUCAAACCAGACAGAUUGACUCUGAUGGAAAGAGGUCCACUAAUGAAGUAGAUGUUCUCUCCUCCCCUCUCCCACCAACCUCCACCACCCUCCCCCAACCCCCAACUGAAGAAUUGCAGUUAGUAGCUGCAAGGCAGAGGAGACACAUGGAGGUCCUUCAUAAUGAUUAGUCAUGAUAAUUGGUGUUUUCUCUAUUAAAGAUAUUGCAGGCUGAAGAGAGAAAUCCCUAGCGUGUGCUUAAGUUACUGCCUUUUGCAAGAUGAGUGUGCCAGGGAACUUCCUUGGAACCGGAUUAAUUUUCACUUUUUAUUAAUAGUCUCCCUUGGUUGGGAGAAACAUUUGUUGUCCUUUAUGAAUCAGGCAGAUGAUAGGAGACUAAUGGGGGGGAGGCUCAUUUAAGUCUUGUAACUGACUUUGUGUGGGCAGAACCCUACCUAAUACAAAGUAUCUCAUGAAAUAGGAUAGAAUUCUGAGCAAGUAGUUUGCCUGCGUGCAGCAGCACGACCCACAGGGUUACACACUGCAGACAUUUUCAGGAUAACCGCAGGCUAAUGGAGUUCUUGCUGAUCAAAGUCUCCCAUCAGAAUUCCUCAUUCCUUGGUCUGAGCUCAUACUUGGAGAAUGCUUACUUGAUAUGGGGAAUAGGGCAAAAUAAAUUUGUCAGGUGGCUGGAUGGUUUUUUUGGAUUGGUGAUGGAAUAUGUGGAGCCAUUAGGUUACUGGUUGAAAUCUGUUCCUGUUGGUAACAGCCUUUAGUUACUUCCACCUGAUGGAUAAUUCAUGGUCUAUGUGGAAUAAGAUGAUAAUUUCAGGCCAGUUUCACAAACUGGCACUAAUUGGCACACUUUGCAAAAAUAGGCCAAUGAGACUGGACUAUCCUCCGGCCUUGAAAUUUGGGACAGUGUGGGAAUCCAUGCACUGCUUCUACUCCCACGAUUUGCUUUCUGGGUAAAGAGGAAUUUGGUCUCCAGAAACUACCAAUGUAGACUUUUCGCCAGCACUAAAUUCACACGCACACAAUUUGUAAAAGGUAGAAUAAAAUUCUUUAGUUUUGUAGCUGGUGUGUUAGCUCCCCAGUGUUGGCAUAGAUCUUUUUGAUGAUUGUGACUAAAACUACUGUCUCCUAAGUGUGUUACUGCUGUCUGCAUCCUAUGGUGCGAAGCAGUAAACUUUGCUUUAAUUUAAUUGACUGUAUUUGCAACUUUCACUCUAAGAUGUUAUUUAUUUCUGUCUUGACCAGUGCUUUUGUUGUUUUAUCCUAGCUGAUUAAUUUAAAGACAUAAUAAAACAACAACACUUCCAAACUAAUUGGUUAAUUGUUACUCAUUUUUCUUACAUAUUUAUACUAAAAUAAAACAAUUAAGCACUUAGUUUUGUUUAAGAAACAUCAAUGUAAUUUUGUGUUUGUAGUCUGUCAAAUUUAAUGGAAGCAGUAAUGACAUAGAAGAUCCCAGAAAAUUAGUGCUCUUUUUAACUAAUGCUAAAUCUCAUGUAGCAUGAACACUUCACGUAGCCAAAAUUAGGAAAGGAACAGCAUUCAUCUAUAAGUAUUACUGAAAUGGAAGGGAUGGCCUAACCGUGCUAAACUGAUGGAAAAUAUUUAGCAAAUGUAAACAUUUUAAAUAGAGGUGCACAUUUUAUAUACAGUGCAAAUGACAAGUUUAAGCUCAGAUGCACUGUCUAGCAUAAUUCAUGAUGAGCUAGAAAUUGCUGAAGCUGAUUUUUAGUGAUACUGUGUUUAUCUGAGAGAGAGGAUCUUUGAUAGGAUUUUAUUUCCUAUAUCAUUCCAAAUGUCUGAAUUCCAUUAUAAUUCGUCCUAGAUACUUAUUCAGGGCCAAACCAUUGUCGUUUAUGCAAGGCUGGAGUAAUCUGGCUUUAAUCUCCCUGGGGUUAAAAACAGAUGGUAUUACCCUUCUGACCUAGGCUGUGGAGCAUCUGUACGGCCACAACAGUCCGUGAGCGGUAUCAGCAGCUGCUACACCUACACUGAGGAUUUGGGCCUUUGGAUCAGCAUAAUCUCAUCAACCUAUUGGCCACGCCUUUGACCUCCUCCUGACCUCCCUUGCAUGCUGCGGAGAAAGCCAGUGCAAUGUAUUUGAUGGCUCCUGGGGUGUGCACUUCUUCCUGGUCUCGAGACACCUCCCUGUCUGUAGUGGAGCCCCAGAAUAUGUUCAGAAUCUGCUGUGGGCACAAAGGCCAGAGUAGGAGAACAUGUUAGGAUUCAGUCCUUGAUGUGGAAAGCUAUUGAGUUGAGAAAGUAGACACCUGCAAGAGCCAGCAGAAUAAAAAUUGCAAGAACGUGUUCUCCAAGAAUGCGUGGCUUUCCUUACCUGUCCUGAAUAUAUCCCUGGCCUACAGGUCUCCUUGGCCAGGCUGUUGACUUUUAUAUUAAAAUUCUCCACUAAAAUAGAAACAAGCUUACAAAAAUGACCAAAUCUACAUGUAAGUGUAACUCAAACUUACUAGAAUCAAACUUCAUUAAAUGUUUGAAAACUACAACGUCUUGUAAGCUAAUAUCAAUAGGAUAUUAGGUGCCACUUUGACCCCUCUCUAAAAACUGAAAAUGUGUAAUGGUUCUCCUUAAAACACACAGUGUAAGCAUUAACACCACUUGUAGGCCUCCAGGCCUAAUUAGCAGUGGAAUGAUGACUAAUGAUUUAGUAUUCACUGGAGCUUUUUAAUGUAGGAUAUAACAUACUGAAAUGUUGGAUACUUGCUGUAUGCACUUUGUUAUGAAACUUUAAUUUUCAUCUGUUUUGCUUAACCUUUACAAACCUGGCUUUCAGUACAGCCAUGCACAGUACAUUAAGAACAAGAGGUGACAAACAGUUAGAAUUUUGAUUUUGCUAAAGAAAACUUUAAAAGACUUUUAUCUACCAAGAAAACCCUCAUGUUCUGUGUAAUCUGCAAAGAGGUAUUAAUGCAAACUGAUCCUUAGAGUGUAUCUUUGUUAGUGUAUGAGGCAUCAAAAUGAAAAGUUACACUCUGUUUGUCAAAAUAGAGCUUUAUGAAGUGGUUGAGGAAAGCUUCUGGGAUUUUGUAUAUUGUAAUUUAUCCACUUGUAAUUAGAAGAAAUUACAUUUGUUUUUUGGGGAAGAGGAAGAAAAAGCAAAUGAUUUGACAACAUAAUUUGGGUUUAACAGCCUAGUUUUUGAGCUAGACUAAAUGUAAAAUAUGUACAUUCCAAAGGAGUUUGCAAACUUGAGAUCUCUUGUUUAUGCCUAAUGGUUUCAUUGUAAGACAACGUUGUCUUACCGAUUGGGACAAGUAGCAGUGCUUGCUUAAGGGAUUGUCAGGGCUUUUUCUGCUCAGCACCCCUUUUUCCAGACAGAUGGGUAAACAUGGGGACAUAACUUUUCUUACUUUGCAUAGUAAUUUUCCUGAACUCCAAGAAUGUUUUUCACAUUCCUCAAAAUGUUUUCUUAAUUUAGAUCUCCAAAUAGUGCCUGUCCCCAGAUAAAAUUGAUCAAAACUUGGAUUUAUAAAAUAAACACACUUAAAAUAAGGAACCCAGUACAGAUUUCUGUGUUGAAUUGUAAGUAAUCAUUUAAGUCCUUAGCAGUUGCUUGAUUCCAUAAACACUGUUGAACCAGCACAAGGUUAAAAAUAGCUGUGGCCAUGGAAUUUAGUUGUCUAUGCUAGGGCUCUCACCAUUUUUAACACCAGUGCAACCAAUGGUGGCGGGGAGGGGAAUUUAAGAAAUUUUCACUGCAUAGACAAGGCUUCAGAAAGAGAUUAGACUCUCAGCAAGUCCAGUGCCUUGAUUAAGACCCUGAUUCUGCACCAUUAAAGUCAACGUGAGCUUUGUCAUUGAUUUCAGUGAAGAUAGGAUUGAGCCUUAAGUAUCCGUUCUUUUUACCCAUUCCAAAUCUUACCUACUGAGCAUGUUAACAUUCUGGGAUUUGGAUUAGAUGACCUAAUGUACUUUUCCAAUUGUAAAUUGUUUUAAUGUCUAAAUCCAAAAUACAGCUGUUUAUUCCUAUUUCUCCUAUCUCCCACCGUAGUUUGUCCAUAUGUAUUGGAAUAGAAUUGAAUCCUUAGUGGAGUAUGUUCUCUGGCUCAGUAAUAUCACUAAAGAUGGAAUCUGUGUAUUAGGUCAUCCUGUCCAUUCCCUGGCAAUGCAGGAUUGUUCUCUACAAUAUACUUUCUGUAUCUAGGCUAGUUUUAAAUGAUUCAGACAGUGAGGCUUUCACCACUUCCUUUUGGGAAGCUGUCCCAUGGCCUAAUAAGACCUGACCAUAAGGAAGUUUUUCCUGGUAUUCAGCCUAAAUUUUUUCUUUUUAAAUGUCUUCUCUUUACUUGCACUUACAUUCUGCUUUGCCACCAUAAAUAACUCCACUCCCUCUUUGAUGUAUAGACCCUCCACCCAUUUGUAGAUUAUCGUGUCUAUCUCUGGCUGACCAAACAUGCAGAGCUGAAAAUAUACCCCAAUAUGUUUGGUUUAAACCUAUUUUAGUUUGCUACUAAAAGUGGAGUUUGGAAAACAUUGUUUCUUAUUAGUAAAUCCACAUGCUGUAAUUUAGAGCACAGUUUGGCCAUUUCCUCUGGUUUUUGGCAUGCUCCUUUAUAAAUAUAAUUUAGGUCUAAUACUUAGUUAUGGUUUUGUGAAUGCAAAGAAGAAAAUUCAGCUUUCCAUUUAGAUUUAAGAAUUAGUCGCCUAUGAAAUUAACACUUUUAGUCUGUUUACAGUUUCCAUCAGUUAGAAGAUAUCAAAAAAACUCAUCAAGAAUGUGUAACUUGAGCUCUUCCUUUUAUAAAGGGUGCCUAUUUUUAAUUGUAGGUGGAUGGUAGCUGGAAUCAAUGCUAAUAACUUCCAUUCAUUUCCCCAAAAUAUGAAUUACCACCUUAAUCUGUGGAGUGUAACACAAGGGAUCUCAUGUUUUGAACAACCAUGUACAGUUUAUUUUCUUCCAUUUCACUCUGUGAACUGUUUGUAAUGUAUAAGUAAACCAUUAAAAAAAUCUUAGUAUAUUUA